UCAUGGAGUAGCAAAAAUAAGUACUUACAACAAAAUUUUACACAGCUGCAGCUUCUACAUAGACCUCAAGUCAAGGACCUAGAAAGCAUAAGUUGGCCCAAUAUUAUGAGAGAAAACUUAGGGCAACUGAUUGAAAUUGAAGACUUAUUUGUCCCACACCUGGAUCCCCAGGGAGAAUCUCAUAUAGUCAUUCUGCAUGGAAAUGCCGGAAUUGGGAAGUCUACACUGGCCAAGCAGGUGAGAGGGGCCUGGGAAGAAGGCCAACUGUGCAGGGACCGCUUCCAACAUGUUUUCUACUUCAACUGCAGAGAGCUGAUGGAGUUGAAGGAACUGAGUCUUGUUGAACUCAUUAAAAGAGAUUGGCCUACCGCUAAGACCACCAUGAGACAAAUUCUGUCUCAGCCAGAGAAGUUGCUCUUCAUCUUUGAUGAUAUUGAUGAGUUACAAUGGAACUUGGCAAGGGAUACUUCUGAGUUCUGUCUGCACUGGAGCAAGGAGUCAGUACACACACUUCUCAAUAAUUUUCUGAUGAAAACUAUACUUCCCGAGUCAUUCGUGUUGAUCACAGUUCGGUCCACUAAUAUGAGAUGGUUCUUUCCUUCUUUGAAGCCCUCACGUUAUGUAGAGGUACUGGGGUACUCUGAAUUUGGCAGAAAAAAUUAUUUCUACAAAUAUUUUACAGAUGAAAACCAAGCAUGUAGAGCCAUUAGCUUGGUUGAAUCAAACCAAGCACUCUGGACCAUGUGUUUCAUACCCUGGGUGUCCUGGCUUGUCUGUACUUGCCUGAAGCAACAGAUGGAUCAGGGGCAGAUACUCUCACUGACAUGCAAGACCACCACGGCUCUCUGUCUACAGUUUCUUUCUCAGACCCUACCUGCUCAGUCGCUGGGGAUGCAGAUGAGGGCCUUGUGCUCUCUAGCUGAUAAGGAAAACUGGCAAACAAAAAUAAACGUCACUAUUUUUACCUGCAGGAAGUACUGGUUAGAUGAGACUACUAAAUCAACUCUUUUACAAAUGGGUGUCCUUCAACAAUGUCAACCUUGUUCUACCCCUCUGGGCUACAGAUUCACCCACAGGUAUUUUCAGGAGUUCUUUAAAGCAAUGUCAAUUAUCUUGAGGAUUUGUGAGGAUACUAGUGACAUUUUUUACCCCAGAAAAGACAUAGGAAUGUUGCUUAAAAAUUACUUCACAAAGGACAUGUUUAUGAGCCCAACGAUGUGUUUCCUGUUUGGCUUUUUGAGUAAUCGAGGGAAGCAAGAGGUGGAGAGAAUCUUCCACUGCGAUCUGGCUCUGGAAAAGAAGUGGAGAGUGAUGUGUUGGGGCCACAAGAACUUCUUCAAAGACCAUUUCUCUACAUGGCCAUAUUCCCAGCAUUUGUUCUAUUGCUUGUAUGAAAUUCAAGAUCAGGAAUUCCUCACAGAAGUUAUGGACAAAUUCCAAGGAACAAAGAUAUUUAUCCAAACUGACAUAGAGUUCCUGGUGGUCACAUUCUGCAUUAAAUUCUGGCACUAUGUGAUGAGACUUCAAGUGAAUGAAAAUGGACAUGGGCCUAUUUGGAUAGCCCCCGAUGUGAUUCUGCUCACUAGGGCUCCUGUCACAGAUAACUGUUGGCGUAUUCUCUUCUCCAUUUCUGGGCUGAUGGGAUGUCUAAAGGAGCUGAACCUGAGUGGAAACUUCCUGAGUUGUUCUGCAGUACAGAGUCUUUGUAAGGCCCUGAGCUUCCCUAACUGUAACCUGAGGAUCUUGUGGGCCAUCCUCUACCUGCUAACUCAACAUUUCUGCAUCAAGAGACUUAUAGAUGGGGCAAAACGAGGAAAGGCAACCAGAAACACCAGGACUUGGAAAUCCCUGGUAUUCAGUGAAUUCUGCCACCUGUUAAACAACUGUGGACUCGAGUUAAGUAGCUGCCAGUACCUGACUUCCAUGCUCAGAACCUCCAACCUGAGAAGACUGAGCCUAGAGCAGAAUGACCUGGGUUCCCAAGGUUUGAGGAUGUUUUGUAAAGAACUGAGGCAUCCUUCCUGCAAACUUCAGACUCUGUGGCUGGACCAGAUUCAGCUGAGUAAGGUGACAGUGAUGCUGAAAGUCCUGAAGAAGGAGAAGCCUCAACUGUGUAUCUGUAGCAAAGGGAUACCACCACAGAUGACCCCUAAAAUGGACGAUGAAGAAAACACGAUGAAAGAUGAUGCGUAUUUACUCAAGCAACAAAGACGGAAAUCAGGUUACCUACACAUGAAGUCUCUGGGUACAGAUGAUUAUUUCUGGGGCCCAACAGGACCUGUGGCUACUGAAAUGGUUGACAGGGAGAGGAACCUGUAUCGAAUUCACCUUCCUAUGGCCGGCUUCUUCCACUGGCCCCACAUGGGUCUGCACUUUGUUGUCAGGGGUCCAGUGACCAUUGAGAUUGAAUUCUGUGCUUGGGACCAGUUCCUGGACAAGACUGUCCUACAGAACAACUGGAUGGUUGCAGGUCCUCUGUUUGACAUCAAGGCUGAGCCAGGAACUGUGGAGGCUGUGUACCUCCCUCAUUUUGUGGCUAUCCAAGAGAGCAAUGUGGACAUCUCCCAGUUCCAAGUGGUCCAUUUCAAAGAAGAGGGAAUGUUCCUAGAGAAGCCAGAUGGGGUGAAACCCUGUUAUGCCAUCCUGGAGAACCCCUGCUUCUCCCCCAUAGGAGUUCUACUGAGAAUGUUUCAUGCUACCCUGAAAUUCAUUCCCAUUACCUCCACUGUAUUGCUCUACUAUCACCUCAGUGAUAAGGAUGUCACCUUCCACCUCUACCUGCUGCCCAAUGACUGCUCUAUUCGGAAGGCUGUAGAUGAUGAAGAAAAGACAUUUCAGUUUGUGCGAAUACACAAGCCACCCCCACUAAGGCCCCUCUACAUGGGCUCCCACUUCACUGUAUUAGGUUCAGAGGUGAAUGAAAUAAUACCCAAGGAACUGGUGCUCUGCUACCAGAAUCCUGGAGAAUCUCAACUCUUUUCUGAGAUCUGCGCUGACCAGUUCAGGUCAAGUAUCAAGUUGAAAAUAAAAAACAAUGAAGAUGAGACUGUGGUAUGGGAGGCCGUGGUGAAGCCAGGAGAUCUCAGACCAAGAGUGCCUCCAAUAUCACCUUUACCUCUAGAAGAACAAGGCUUGGAACACUUUUUGGACAAGAAUCGAGAGAAACUAGUUUCUCGAGUGACAUCGGUGGACUCAAUUUUGGACAAGCUGUAUGGAACAGCUCUGAACCAGGAACAAUAUGAGACAGUACGAGCUAAGACUACGAGGCAUGAUCAGAUGCGUAUGCUGUUCCUUUUCAGUCAGUCCUGGAGCCCUGCCAACAAAUAUUGCUUCUACUACGCCCUGAAGGAGGUUCAUCCUUACCUAAUUGGGGAACUCUGGGAGAGUUGUAUGAUGGAGCCCAUAGGCACUAGACAAACUAGCAGAUAA